AUGUCUAUUAAGUUGGUGGUUGGAGAGUGCACCUUAAAUGUCGUGAGUGCGUAUGCGCCGCAAAUGGGCUUGGAUGAGGAGGUCAAGAGGCGCUUCUGGGAGGGGUUGGAUGAGAUUGUGCGUAGUAUUCUGCCUGCUGAGAGGUUAUUUAUAGGAGGGUAUUUUAAUGGGCAUAUUGGGUCGACUGUAGGCGGCUAUGGCGAGGUGCAUGGUGGCUUCGGUUUUGGGGAUAGGAACGCAAGAGGUACUUCAUUGCCGGAUUUCGCAAAGGCAUUUGAGCUGGUAAUUGCUAACUCUAGUUUUCCAAUGAGGGAGGAGUAUUUGGUUACUUUUCAGAGUACGGUGGCGAAGACUCAGAUUGACUAUCUUCUCAUUAAGAGGUGCGACAGAGGGCUGUGUAAGGAUUGUAAGGUUAUCCCGGGUGAGACCCUCGCGACACAGCAUAGGCUCUUGGUGAUGGACGUCGGUAUUAUGACGAAGAGGAAGAAGAGUACUGCACGAGGUCGACCGAGGAUCAGGUGGGGAGCCUUAACUAAGGAUAAAGCUCAGGAGUUGGAAGGGAGGUUAUCGCCUAUGGGAGCAUAG